AAUGAAAGCCUACCCACACUUGGGGGACUGGGUCAGGUCCCAAGAGGGGUGAAGCCAACAGUGGCGUUUAUCUGCCCUCACGUUUCAAAAUAUCAUCAAUUACGCUACGCAUACAAACCAAUAGCAGGAGUUGUCGGCGCCAUUCUUGACCAUUCUCUCAGACUGUCUGGUGUACCUGGCAUUCGGGGACCAGUUCCAGACGAAGUCUUGUGUUAAGGUAUAGAUGGACAGGAAUGAACAAAUUCAAGAAAGAAAUAUGUAUCCAUGGAAAUAUGUUUGAUGUCUAAGGACAACGGUCUGCUGAAUCUAAGAUAUGGCGACGGAAAACUGUUGGACGUUGUGGCAACGUCUCCCUCCGCGUUACCAGCUCACGACACAGGAGAUGGCAGAAGAAGACGAAAUAAUGGGGGUCAUGGGGUCAAGGGUUGGUAGUCCUACACCACGUUCGGCCUCCUCCCGUCGUGAAUCGCCGCGUUAUCCUUCCGCCAAUCCCCAUUUUCCUGGAACUACUUUUGCAGGAAUUGCUCCGCACACAACCGAUGACCGUUUAAGGGCGUUUCUGGAUCGGAAAAAGCUAGCAUUCCCGUUAAGGAACUCUAGAUACUUGCACAAUAUGAAGACCCUCCAACGUGUGAACUCUGCUCGGCAGAAGAUUACGAGUGAUCCUUCUACUGUCACCUAUGUGCCUUCCAUGAGAACGAAAACGCUGCCUGCUUUUCCUGUGACCAAACUUUCCAACCUUCAGAGAGCAACCGUGGAGACAAGAGAAUACACUCUCAGUUCCAGGAACAACUUUUACCCUGUAAAACCUGACUCUGGCUCUCACAAGGUUGUAGCUGUGCAUAACAUAUUCCCGUUUGACGAUACCAAAUCGUUGGCGAGACAAUCUAAGGACCAAAGCAAGAAAUACGUUGUCAAUGAACUUGAUGAUGCAACCAUGUUUAUUGACAAUGACAAGAUUAUAUACUUCAGAAAAACCAAACCGAACAUGACGCAGUCGGUUAUAGGGAGCAUAGGGGCGUAUUCUGCGAAGAGGAACGAUGGUAGUUACAUUGCCCACCUCAGAAAGGCGUAUUUGAAAAAUCCGCGGGAUCUUGCCAAAACAAAGGAAGCCGAACCAGACAUACACACCAUUCAAAGAGAGAGGAGUGACUAUGAUAAGAGGGUGGGGCAUAUAUUAGACUACUACUCUGGUAACGUAUGUCAGAAAGGAAGACAGUGUGACGAAAGCAGGAAGACUCCAGUUCAGCCAGUAAGGACCGGAAGUCCUCGCCAGCGCAUCAGGUCCUCAAGUGCACGCUUACGGUCGUUGUUGUCGACCCCGGUCGCCCAGACUCCACCUAGUACUCGAAGCUGUGUUGGUCCUGUUGAUCCGUUCGAGGAGUGGAGCUUGUAUUUUAAACUGAACCAACGCUCGGUUCUUCAUGAGAAGCAGUUUUAUCUGAGAACUCCUGGAAUACGUGUACUUAUUCCGGGUGUUCAGAAUAUCACACCUAGCGAUGUGUCAAGUUGCAAGUGCCGUCUGUGCCGUGUUGAGAUGGAACUAUCCGUCAUUGCACAAAUGAACGAGAUGGGCAUUGAGAUACCAAACAACAUGACGUCAAAACCGUUAAGCCCACCUAUACCACCGGAAGUGGAAUGUCCCGGGAGACCAAAUUCCGCAGCAAAUGAAAUCGAUAAACAAAAUGUCCUAUUAGAUUCUGACCCAAUACCGAAUCAUCAGCCAUGUGUCAAACAAAAUGGCGAACUCUUGACCAUCAAACUUCCAGAAAUUACCGAAGAAACGUCUGACGUCAGUUCACUAGCAACCUAUCGGAACACAGAUCGAAAUGGGACAAAUGUGUCAGGUGAUUGUUCCACAAAGAAAGAAGGUGCUGCACAGAAUAUGGUGAAUAGUUCUGAGGUAGUGUCUACAUCUGACAAAGCAUGUGGUCCAGGUGAACCGGCUGUCACUACUCGGGAAUUACCCAAGGAGCCUGAAGCCUCGACUGUCUCAGAACACGUGGAAACAGUGACAGCUGAAACCUGUCCAUGAGGCAGAUGUAUUGUCGCUGUGGGUGGGAACAGGCAUAAGAAGAGCCUUCUGGUUUCAGUUCGAUACCAGUAUUUGUUAUACACGUGUGGGUCAGGAAAGCCCAGUCUGUGUCUGGCAUAUAGAUCCUUAUAAGCUAGAACGUGUCCUAAGCGGAGUGUACGGGAGUGUCCGAGCUGGAUGAGCUUGUAUACCAUGGGUACAGAAACGUUCAUCUCAGUGAAAUUAUUGUUUGUGCCAGUUAGUGUGCUCGCUAUCCGACUCUCAGUUUGGCGAACAGGCUCAGUUGUGACGUUUCAAUCAAGUGACGCCACAUCCACCAUCAUGACGUCAUGAUACAUAAUGAUGGUACAGGGCCGCUACUGACAUGUACGGAUUUUUACAAGAUGGCAGCAUGCUAAUCAGUCGUCUAGACUUUCUAAUGAGUUAUGGUAAAACAGUUUCUGGGUCCUUUCGUUCGUCAAAUACGUUUUGAAACACUCUCGUUGUCAUGCAAACGGUAUUUGAUGGGUACUGGUUUAAUAUUAUCUAUGUAUUUGUGUAGAACUCAUCCGGUUUUUUUUAUAUUAUCUAUAAAAGGCUGGUAACAAAUGGAUAAUCGGCGAUGGCCUUGGUUUUUGUGACGGAUAUAUAAAUUCGCUUGUCUUUCAGGCUUGUGUGUGUUUUGUGAUAAACUGAUGUACGUGUUUGUUUUCAUACAUAUCGCAUACAGUAAUAAAUACAUUAAAGGGGCACUGAUCUAACGCAAUUCCCCGGGACUGGUUGUUGCCUUUGUUAUUGUUU